AUGGUCUUCACAUCAACAUCAAGGCUCUUGGCUAGCUUUGCCAGGCCUGUAGUUGGAGUCCUUCGAGCCCCAGCUACCUCAUCGCCCACGAAGCUCUCAAACAGCUCACAAAUCCUUUCGGCAGCGCGCUACUUUUCAACAUCGAAUAUUGCACAGGCAAGCCCGCGGACCAAGCACCUCGCACAGCACGGCAGCGGCGGCAAGUUGAAAUCGCAUUCGGGCACCAAGAAGCGAUGGUCCCCUCUGGGAAGCGGCAGUGGCAAGGCGUACCAGCUUACCUUCAAGCGCGGUCUGGCAGGCAAAAGGCAUCUGAACUCGGGUAUGGCGAGAGACAGGCUCAACAACCUCGGCGGCACCGCCUUGAGCCCGAGAGGUAGGAUCAACAGGACGCUGAGGAGGCUGCUGGGCCCCAGUCUCUGA